UUCUCUACUGAUGUCACCACCUUCACUGGAUCUGAUGGUAUUCCAACCACCGAGACUGUCUACUACGUCGAAACCCCAGUUGUGGGAGUGAACUCCACUAUCACCACCGGAUGGACUGGCUCUAUCACUAGCACUUUCUCUACUGAUGUCACCACCUUCACUGGAUCUGAUGGUAUUCCAACUACCGAGACUGUCUACUACGUCGAAACCCCAGUUGUGGGAGUGAACUCCACUACCACCACCGGACUGGACUGGCUCUAUCACUAGCACUUUCUCUACUGAUGUCACCACAUUCACUGGAUCUGAUGGUAUUCCAACUACCGAGACUGUCUACUACGUCGUAAACCCCAGUUGUGGGAGUGAACUCCACUACCACCACCGGAUAGGUACUGGCUCUAUCACUAGCAACUUUCUCUAACUGAUCGUCACCACCUUCACUGGAUCUGAUGGUAUUCCAACUACCGAAACUAUCUACUACGUCGAAACCCCAGUUGUGGGAGUGAACUCCACUACCACCACCGGAUGGACUGGCUCUAUCACUAGCACUUUCUCUACUGAUGUCACCACCUUCACCGGAUCUGACGGCAUUCCAACCACUGAGACCAUCUACUACGUCGAAACCCCAGUUGUGGGAGUGAACUCCACUACCACCACCGGAUGGACUGGCUCUAUCACUAGCACUUUCUCUACUGAUGUCACCACAUUCACCGGAUCUGAUGGUAUCCCAACUACCGAAACUAUCUACUACGUUGAAACCCCAGUUGUGGGAGUGAACUCCACUACCACCACCGGAUGGACUGGCUCUAUCACUAGCACUUUCUCUACUGAUGUCACCACCUUCACUGGAUCUGAUGGUAUUCCAACUACCGAGACUAUCUAUUUCGUUGAAACUCCAACUGCUGAUGUCAACUCUACUUUGACUACUGGAUGGACUGGAUCUUUCACAAGUACUUUCUCCACCGAUAUCACCACCUUCACCGGAUCUGAUGGUAUUCCAACUACCGAGACUGUCUACUACGUCGAAACCCCAGUUGUGGGAGUGAACUCCACUACCACCACCGGAUGGACUGGCUCUAUCACUAGCACUUUCUCCACCGAUAUCACCACCUUCACCGGAUCUGAUGGUAUUCCAACUACCGAGACUGUCUACUACGUCGAAACCCCAGUUAUGGGAGUGAACUCCACUACCACCACCGGAUGGACUGGCUCUAUCACUAGCACUUUCUCUACUGAUGUCACUACCUUCACUGGAUCUGACGGUAUCCCAACCACGGAAACCAUCUACUACGUUGAGACUCCAACAGCUGGUGUCAACUCCACGGUAUACACUCCAUGGACUGGUGCCUUGACCUCGACUUUCUCGACUGAUGUCACUACCUUCACUGGAUCUGACGGUAUCCCAACCACGGAAACCAUCUACUACGUUGAGACUCCAACAGCUGGUGUCAACUCCACCGUAUACACUCCAUGGACCGGUGCUUUGACCUCGACUUUCUCGACUGAUGUCACUACUUUCACUGGAUCUGACGGUAUCCCAACCACGGAAACCAUCUACUACGUUGAGACUCCAACAGCUGGUGUCAACUCCACGGUAUACACUCCAUGGACUGGUGCCUUGACCUCGACUUUCUCGACUGACGUUUCUACCUUCACUGGAUCUGAUGGCAUUCCAACCACGGAAACCAUCUACUAUGUCGAGACUCCAACCGGUAACGCGCAGUCCACUGUCUACACUCCAUGGACUGGUACUUUGACCUCGACUUUCUCGACUGACGUUUCUACCUUCACUGGAUCUGAUGGCAUUCCAACCACGGAAACCAUCUACUAUGUCGAGACUCCAACCGGUAACGCGCAGUCUACUGUCUACACUCCAUGGACUGGUGCUUUGACCUUCGACUUUCUCGACUGACGUUUCUACCUUCACUGGAUCUGACGGUAUCCCAACCACGGAAACCAUCUACUAUGUCGAAACACCAACAGUUGGUAUUGAAUCUACAACUUUCACUACAUGGACUGGUAGUUUUACCUCAACAUAUUCCACUGAUGUCACCACUUUCACUGGAUCCGAUGGCACUCCAACAACCGAGACUAUUUACUUUGUAGAGACGCCUGUUACCGCUAUCUCUUCCACUGCCAGCGUGAGAACAGGUAAUUUGGUCUCCACAACCUUUACCGCCUGGACCGGCCGCUUCACGAGUACAUUUUCCACCGAAGUAGCUACAUUCACCGGCAGUGACGGGAAUCCAACUGCCGAGACCUUAUUUUACGUGGAAACUCCUAACUUACCAUAUUUCGCCAACUCUUCAGCCGCUACCCCUUCAAGCACAUCUGUUGGUUUUACUUCGAAGUUGUCAGCUACUUCGUCCCUACAAUCCACUACUAGUUCACCUUCAUCGUUGUCGGCUUCUUCGUUGUCAAUCAUUUCCUCCACUGAACGCAAAUCUAGCCAGCCAGUACCCGUUACUCAAACUUCGCACAGCGGCAGUACUGAAGUGGAAACCUCUUCUACCUUGGUACCCAGCGCCUCUACUGAAGUUGCAACCCCUACUAGCUUGGUAUCCAGCGCCGCUACUGAAGUGGAAACCUCUUCUACCUUAAUAUCCAGCGCCUCUACUGAAGUUGUAACCCCUACUAGCUUGGUAUCCAGCGCCUCUACUGAAGUUGCAACCCCUACUAGCUUGGUAUCCAGCGCCGCUACUGAAGUGGAAACCUCUUCUACCUUAAUAUCCAGCGCCUCUACUGAAGUUGUAACCCCUACUAGCUUGGUAUCCAGCGCCUCUACUGAAGUUGCAACCCCUACUAGCUUGGUAUCCAGCGCCGCUACUGAAGUGGAAACCUCUUCUACCUCGGUCUCCAGCUCCUCUACUGAAGUUGUAACCCCUACUAGCUUGGUAUCCAGCGCCUCUACUGAAGUUGAAACCUCUUCUACAAGCGUCGAAAAGUCAAGCUCUUCAACAAGUGCCACACGCAGCUCAGCAUCGAGUUUAAAGACUGAUGAAAGUUUUUCUACUACUGUGCAGUCGUCCCAGAAUACCAUCGUCACUACAAUGUCAAAGGAGGAACACUCUAGCACCUCACCUGCAUUAUCAGAUCGUGUUCAAAGCAUAAAGAGUGAGACUGACAGCAUUUCCGUAUCGGGUUCAAAGACCAAUACAGAAGUUGCAACCACCACUCAGUCCACGACAACCACUUUGAUGACUACUUCAACAACUGGGGAACUAAGUGUUUCCUCUGCACCAACAUCGCUCACAGAAACAAGCUCCCCAACUCCCGAGAUUUCACAUAUUACGGUGAGCCAAACUGCAACCACUUUACAGUCGCAAAGCAGUAGUGAAAGUGUAUCCACGACACCAGAAGCAACUGCGCUAGUAUCCACAGGAAGAGCUGUUUCCGGUACGACCACUGCUAUUGGGAAUUCUGAAGUCUCCGUUGAUACCCCAAUUAGAACCGACGAAAUUUCUUCAACACCUUCGACUCAUACUGCAAGCAAUUCCCAAGCAGCAUCGGACUUGCCAACGACCAGCGCUUUUACCGAAAGUCAUGAUACCCUAACGGGAACAGUUCUAACUAGGACUACGACAAGCUUGAGCUCGGUUGCGUCCUCAACAAUCACUAUUCAACCCUCAAACCCAAUGGGUGGGUCAGCCCUUUCUUCGAGCCAAAACUCGCCGCUCCCACCCGUAGAAACUUCCUUACCACCCGGAACCACAACCUCUGCCGUUGUUGCUUCUCAAACGGCUGGAUCAGCGAGCACAAAACCUGCUCUCACAACUCAAUCUCAAAUUACACAGGGUGUUAGCUCUUUGAGUGCUUCGUCAUCGAUCUCUUUUAGCUCUCAGCCCUCGUCCUUUGUCAAUGUUUCUACCUAUGAAGGGGGAGCCAACAAAUUGAGACUAGGCCUGCUAUUUGCUCUUCCAUUAGCUUUGAUUUGA